UCUCCGUCAGGACGGUGUAGUGACUCUGCUAACGAUAAUCACCCCGUAGAGACUAAAGACUAGCUCCCCCGUCAGCGCAGACAUCGUGUUGCUGCUCCUACAGCCGACGCUACGUCUCAUUACACUCAAAGUUUACUCCACUAAUGAGCAUUUAUGGGGAUUUGAUAGCGGGACAUCAUUAACACCACUUAACGUAGCAGGAGUGAAGCUAUAUUUAAGAAGGUUUAAUGGAUGCGACACUAGAAAACCAGCUGCUUCAACAAGGUUGCAGUGUUGCAUUAGCACAGAGAGCUAACAGGCGCACCACACCUGAGAAGUUCUACAUAGAGGCUUGUGAUGAUGGAUCCGAGGACGUCAUGGCUAUUGACAGGGUGUCCACUGAGAUGACUCUCACAGUGAAGAGGGACAUCCCUGCAUCUGCUGAGACCAGGCCAAUACAUGGACUCAUGGGGACUAUACGUUUGGUGGCAGGCAUGUACCUGGUUGUCAUCACAAAGAAGAAGAAGGUGGGAGAUCUGCUGGGCCAUGCUGUGUGGAAGGCUCAGGACUUUGACAUCAUCUCCUAUAAAAAGACAAUACUUCACCUGACAGACAACCAGAUGCAAGACAACAAGACUUUCCUGUCCAUGAUCAACGGUGUGCUUCACACAGACGGCUUCUACUUUGCGACAGACUACGACCUGACCCACACUCUGCAGCGCCUGGCUAACACCAGCCCUGAGUUUCAGGAGAUGAGCCUUCUGGAGAGGGCAGAUCAGCGAUUUGUCUGGAAUGGCCACCUUUUGAGGGAAUUCAUUGCACAGCCAGAGUUACACAAGUUUGUGUAUCCUGUUGUCCACGGCUUCAUCAUCAUGAAGUCAAGCUGCAUCAAUGGAAAGGUGUUUGAGUGGAGUAUUAUCUCCAGGAGGAGCUGUUUCAGAGCCGGUGUCCGCUACUAUGUCCGAGGCAUUGAUUCAGAAGGCCAUCCUGCUAACUAUGUGGAAACGGAGCAGAUAGUGCAGUACAACAGCGCCAAAGCUUCCUUUGUCCAGACAAGAGGCUCCAUCCCCUUCUACUGGUCCCAAAGGCCCAAUCUCAAGUACAAGCCAAAACCACAGAUCAACAAAACAGUGAACCACUUGGACGGAUUCCAGAGACACUUUGACUCACAGGUUAUUCUCUAUGGAAGACAAGUCAUUCUGAACUUGAUCAACCAAAAGGGCUCAGAAAAGCCUCUGGAGCUGGCAUUUGACAAGAUGGUGACCGACUUGGGUAACGGCAUGAUCAAGUACGUAGCCUUUGACUUCCACAAGGAGUGCAGUCGGAUGAGGUGGCACCGCCUGCAGAUCUUAUUGGACAUGGUCGCUGAAAUGCAGGACGAAUUUGGAUAUUUCCUGGUGGAUGCAGAUGGGAAGGUGCUGUUGGGCCAGGAGGGGACCUUUCGGAGCAACUGCAUGGACUGUCUGGACCGUACCAACGUCAUCCAGAGCAUGCUGGCCCAGCGCUCGCUGCAGUCACAGCUACGGAAAAUGGGAGUCCUCCACGUGGGCCAGCAGCUCGAGGAGCAGGCCGACUUUGGGAAGAAAUUCAAGAACGCCUGGGCAGACAAUGCUGAUGCCUGUGCCAAGCAGUACGCUGGUACCGGUGCCUUGAAGACCGACUUCACCAGGACAGGGAAGAGGACUCAUUGGGGGCUGGUGAUGGACGGCUGGAACUCCAUGAUCCGAUAUUACAAAAACAACUUCUCUGAUGGUUUCAGACAGGACUCCAUUGAUCUGUUCCUGGGGAACUACGCUGUGGAUGAAGCUGAUAUGGCCACCCCGCUGCGUGACACCAAAGACUGGAAGUUCCUGACGUUGCCUAUCGUCAUGGUGGUGGCGUUCUCCAUGUGCAUCAUCUCCCUGCUAAUGGCUGGUGACACGUGGACUGAGACUCUGGCCUACGUUCUGUUCUGGGGAUCAGCCAGCGUGGUGACGGGCGGCCUCAUCCUCUUUAACGGACUGGACUUUGUAGAUGCUCCCAAGUUGGUCCAGAAGGAGAAGCUGGACUGAAUGUGUGUGUGUGGAAAGCAGCUGGGCCUUGGCGACCUCACCGCCUCAUCCUCUAGCUCUUCAUCGCUUUACCCCCAGCAUCAGCAUCAGCAGGCCUGGAGCCUGUACUGACGGAGGGGUGGAGUGGAGGAGGGCGGUGGGAAGCAGGGCCGGCCUCGUGUACGACGACGACAACGGUGGAAAGACAGAGACUGGGAGUGCACGGGCCCGCUGCUGUCCACACUGUAGCUACUGUCAUGUGGACGGGACUGUCUGUCCACAGCUUUACUGGAACCUCGGGGGUUUGUUUUUACUGGAUGUGAUUGUUCCUGAUUUCUGAGGAAUGCUGUGGGAAUGAAUGUUUGUCCCACUGCAUUCCCUUAAUGGGUGCGUUGGGAUCAGAUUCACAACGGCUGCUGUGACGUCACAGCACAGCUGAAACUGAAUUUACUGUAUUUACCGUUAAUUUGCCUUUUGUCUUUUUCUCUUUGCCAAUAUAUGUUUAUAUCCAUGUACAGUUGCUCUGUCCCGGGUUAGACGCUGCCUGUUUCUGGCUUCAAGACCAGUAACGGGUCCAUAAGGCUCCAGGAAAUCUGGCCUUCUUUUGCCACAAUUUUAAAUCACACCGCCAGGGUAUCAUGGGAAGUCCUCAAUAUCCCAAAUGUCUACUGGCAACUUGUUGAAUGGUGCAUUUGAGCGGUCUUUAUCACUUCAUCCUUAAUCAUCAUGUGAGGUUGAUCGAUUAAAAGGCCGCUGCAGAAUGUAAAUAAUACCGUUCCUGUUAGUAGCCUGUUCAUCACUACAUGUAGGCUGUUCAUUACAGCUGACUGUAAAUUUAGGUGUCAUGGAACCUGCCACUUGGACUUUACUCCUAUUUAUUUACCCUGAAAAGUCAUUUGUGCACAGAAGUGAGUAUUUGCUGCUCUCUAUUUACUUAAUUCUUGCUCUCAAAUGAGUCAUUUGUGUGCAGGAAUAAACAAAGCAUGUUGUUAAACACUAUUGUUAACAUUUUAACACUUUAAAGGGAUGUCAGACACUACAUUGUUUAAAGGGUUCUCUAUACGAUAUUCACAAGAUUAAUAUAGCAGCAAACAACUAUUUCUAUAUAUAUAUUAAUACACUGGAGUAAUGUCUACUUGAGCAGAGAAUGAAGUUUCCCUCUGUGUGUUUUGUAAUCACAGCCUCUCUGCUUUGUUGACAUCGCCGGGCCACCCACACGUGCCUUUUAGUGCAUGUGAGCGUGCCCCACUGGUGAUGCUCUGUUAGAUGUCGCUUCAGCAAUACUGGUCAGCUUUGGCGGCUAUCAGUUAUCAGCUGGGCAUACACUGUACGAUUUUAGAAACGUUGGUGUGUAGUUCCUACUCCUACUGGACGAGUAGAUCGUUUGCGAUGUAAAGCCAAAGCUCACGAAUUAUGUGCUCACACUGUACGGUCCAAUCGUCAGCCACGACCUGAGUGAUCACACCGUGUAAAAUAGAAGAAAAAAAACCCGUCAGCCCCUGAGGGGUCGUUCUGUCUGUUGACAGUUGUCAAUAAAGAUUAGUUUGAAAGCACCGAGGCAGGUAAAGUUUGUUUGCUAGCAGAGGUCUGUACGGGUCACAAUGCUAACAAGGCAGAAACGUGCUGCCUUGAUCAUCUGUACCAUCCUGUCUGCUGAAACGUCUAAAAAAAGAUGCGCCGGCGUAGAUGGACUCGCAGGUGGCGAGGAAGCUACGUAAGCUAGCUACAUUUUAUUAUAUCUAUUGUAUUGUAUUGGACGGCCGAUCAAAAUUUCGGAGAUGUCAGAAAUUCAUCCGACUCUCCGACGACCGGUCGGGAGGAGUUAAUUGGUCCUCGUUCCCCCCGUACACUGCACGGCAAACAACGUCCUCAGUCCGACUCUAAAAUGAGUCGUGCGGCUCAAAAUCUGGGCCAGAAACGGGCUAAAAUCGUUCAGCUUCAUCUGAACGAUCUGAUCUAAAUAACUGCUUAGUUUGAUCUGGGACGGAGACGCAUGGAUAUACUUUAGAUUUUGCCUGUUGGACAAUGUUGUGUUAUCGCUGACAUUCCUAAAAUAUAUAUGUUAAAUAUUAACUAUAGUGUUUAAUGUUAUGUUCUGUUAAAUCGUGUAAUUGGAGAACAUUUAUUUCAAAUAUUUUUUUUCCCCCUCCAUGACACCUGCCGGGCGCUAAGAAGAGCGCUAAGAAUGUGCAACUUGUUGAGGAUCACUCAAAUGCAUUAUUAACUUUGUCUCUGUAAAGGUGGAUUUAUGCUUCUUUAUUCUAUUUAUGAAUGAUUUAAAAGAGAAUUUGUGGCACUCGUAUUUAGAGUUCUCUCUUUGCUACAAACAAAAUUCAUAAGUGGUCCAGACGACCUUUAGCGCGAGUCAUGAACACAGCUCGUUUGAUUUAAGAAUUGUAAUGCCUUAAUCUGAAUGAAUUUGGAGUUUAAAUACGAUACUGAAACUAACUCAAAUAAAAUAUUUAAGACAAA